AUGGUAAAUCAAGAUUCUGAGAUAUUUCCAGAAGAUGUAGAAGACACCCCAUUUGACUUUAAUGAACUUGUAUCUACUAUGCCGUCGGAUUGUUUAACUGAUACAUUAUCAGUUUACUUAGAAUCAUGUGAACCCUUAUCAGUUACUAACGAUGACCCUUCUCACAAUGUAGAUGAACCAAAUACUGAUUCCCUUGUUGACCCUUUUAACUAUAUUGUCUUAACUGAAUCCUCUGAAGUGAGAGAUUAUAACUAUGUGCAAAAUAUCAAAUGUGCAUCAACUUGGAGAAGUACCCGAAAGGUUACAAUGAAUCAAAAAACUGAUACCAAAUUGGUUGCAAGAAAGAGCAUAAGAGCUUCUGGAAAGAAGCCAAUGUUAGAUUUAUUAUCUGCAGAUGCUGGAAGAAGAAGAAGAAGAAGUGCUUGGGUGUGUUGUGAUGAUUGUCAUAAAUGGAGAAGAAUAUCAGCUAUACUUGCAGAUUCUAUUAAAUCCACAGAAUGCAGAUGUUUCAAGGUCUCAAGCUCUGUACAAGUUGCUCUGACAGAAGCAUUUGGGAAGUUCUAUGGAAGCUCAAAACAGGGAACCAGCAAUGAUAAAUCUUGUGCUGGUGUUCAUGACAACUGCAUCAAGCAUAAUGACAUUUUUCAUUCUUGUUUAAUCGAUUUUCGUAUCUGA